UCUUGUCCUUCGCCUGCUUGCUGUGUGAGACUGACUAACUAAAUCCUUGGACUUCCAUUCACAGCUACUACUGAACCAUUGUUGGGAAUUGGGCUGCAGACUGUAAGUCAUCAAUAAAUUCCUUUACUAUAUAGAGACUAUCCAUAAGUUCUGUGACUCUAGAGAACCCUGACUAAUACAGAAGUUGGUACCUGGAGUGGUUCUAGAGGAAGAGAAGUACAAGGAUGAAUCUUUUAAAAUACUGGAAUUGGCUUGUUGAUCCACCAGCACUUUCAACUACUGAAACCUCUCCAGAUUCUCUCCCUCCUGGGAGCUCAGAGAAUUUUGAAGACCCAUGGUUGAAACUAUAUUUCAAACUUAAAGAAGCUAAUGCCCUUGAUUUUCUUGAUGAAUUAAGUGAUUCAGAGUACAAAGCUUUCUACAAGAUGGGGAAAAAAAAUCGGAAAAUGGUUUUACUGGCUGGCUGCUCUUAGUAUCUGGGGAAAAAAAUGAUGAAUGAAAGGAAAGAGUUGUGUGAUAAAAUCGAAAGGCUCCAGACACAAGUGAACGAUCUAAAAGUUGCUAAGUGUGUCCUUGAAGAGAAUCUUCUCUCCUGCAGCCAUAGAGCUCAAGUUGCAGAAAAUCAAACUGAAACCCUCAUUGUAAGGUUGGCUGAACUACAGCGAAAAUUNAAGUCUCAGCCUCAGAGUGUGUCGACAGUUAAAGUAAGGGCACUAAUUGGCAAAGAUUGGGAUCCUAUAACUUGGGACAGGGAUGUGUGGGAAGACCAUGUUGAAGCUGAGAAUUUUGAAUCUUCAGAUUCUCAAGGGUUUGCCCCACCUGAGGAAGUAGUACCCUCAGCCCCACCCCUUGAAAUAAUGCCUUCCCAACAUGAGGAAAUUAAUUCUCCAGAGUCUGAUAAACCAGCAUUGACUUUCACUGAAGAAAAUGCCAGACAAGACAAUACUGAUGUUUCUCAAGGCCCACCAAUAGUUUCUUCUAGACCUGUAACCAGACUCAAAGCAAAACAGGCUCCUAGAGGGGAGGUAGAAAGUGUAGACCAUGAGGAAAUUUACUACACUACUAAAGAACUUAAUGAGUUUGCUAAUUCAUCCAAGCAAAAACCUGGCAAAUAUGUGUGGGAAUGGAUUUUAAGGGUGUGGGAUAAGGGUGGAAGGAACAUAAAACUAGAGCAGGCUGAGUUUAUUGACAUGGGCCCUCUGAGUGGAGAUUCUAGGUUUAAUACAGAAGCUCGCAUAGUUUAAAAAAAAGGUUUCAAAAGUUUGUUUGAAUGGUUGGCUGAAGUGUUUAUCAAAAGAUGGCCUACUGGAAAUGACUUGGAGAUGCCUAAUAUUCCGUGGCUUAGUGUUGUUGAAGGGAUUUUAAGACUUAGGGAAAUUGCAAUGCUAGAGUGGAUAUAUUGUGUAAAACCUAAUCUUCCACAAUGGGAAGAUCCAGAAGAUAUGUCCUUUACCAGCUCUAUAAGACGCAAACUGGUGAGAGGGGCACCAGCACAUUUGAAGGGUCUUGUUCUUUCCCUUUUCCUUGUGCCAGACCUUAGCAUUGGAGAUACUGCUGCUCAAUUAGAUGAAUUAAAUUCAAUGGAUUUAAUUGGAUUCCGAGGUAACAAGGGCCAGGUGACAGCAUUGAAUCGCCAGAGACAGGGUGAUCCUAGUUAUUAUAAUGGACAGCGUAGACGAAACAAUGUUUAUAAUAACAUACCCAGUAAUGGUCAACACAGGAGAGGUGAAAUUUAUAGUGGCAUGACUCGUUUGGACCUUUGGUAUUGGCUAAUCAAUCAUGGUGUUUCCAGGAACAAAAUACAUAGGAAGCCUACUGCAUAUUUGUUUGAUCUGUAUAAGCAGAAACAUUCUCAAACAAAUGAAAGAAAGGCUACAUUAGAUCAUGGUAAAUGCCAAUCUUGGCCAGUGAAUCAAUUUCCAGAUUUGAGCCAGUUUGCAGAUCUGGAACCCCUUGAAUGAAGGGGUGGCCUGGUUCCACUGAGGAAGGAUCUUGAUAAGACACCUAAAGGUUUUGCUGUUACUCUUUCUCCAGUUCUUCCUCAGAGGGACCUACNGCCUUUUACAAGGGUAACUGUACACCAGGGAAAAGGAAAUAAUAAGACUUUUCGGGGUCUGCUGGAUACUGGUUCUGAGUUGACACUGAUCCCAGGAGAUCCCAAGAAACAUUGCGGCCCUCCAGUUAAAGUAGGGGCUUAUGGAGGGCAGGUGAUUAAUGGAGUUUUGACUGAUGUCCGACUCACAGUAGGCCCAAACACAUCCUGUGGUCAUUUCCCCAGUUCCAGAUUGUAUAAUUGGGAUAGAUAUACUCAGAAAUUGGCAGAAUUCUCAUAUUGGUUCCCUGAACUGUAGAGUGAGGGCUAUUAUGGUUGGAAAGGCUAAAUGGAAGCCUUUAGAGUUGCCUCUGCCAAAGAAAAUAGUGAAUC